AUGAAAACUUAUGAAUUUGAGUUGAAUAAUAAAAGGAAUAUUUAAAGAGAAGAACUCUUUAUUUUAACUAUAGUUGAAAGGGUCUUAGCAGGUUUCUUAUCUUCAAUAUCUUUUGUUGAUCAAGCUUAAUUUUGUGAAUUAUUAUAGAAAAAGCAAAAGGAAAAAAAGUUGAUUUAACCAUUACAUUAAUAAAUCUUGGGAACAAUUAAAAGAAAUCUAUUGAAGAAUUAAACACCAAUCAAAGAUCUUAAAAUAAAUUAUGAAAUUAGAACUGUCGUUUCAUAAUCAAUAGAUUCAAGAAAAAACUAUAUAUGUUUAUCUAGUAAGAAGAAGUAAGAUAAUAAAGAAUAGUAAACAACUGAAAUAGAAACUCAAUUCUAUGCUCAACCACAAUCGGUUAAAAGUAGAAGAUUUAGAUUAGAUAAAACAAGUAAUCAAGAUGGGCAUAGAUUACUUACUAAUGGAAGUUAUCAAUAGAAUGAUUCAACAACAACAAGAGUUAUUAAUCCAUUUUAACUGAAUAGUCCUAAUAGUACUUAAGCUGAUAAUCAACUAAAAGAAUUGUCAAUUUAAAAAUAGUUUACAGCUAUCGAUAGUAAUUUUAAGAAUAGAAAUUAGAAGCCUACUAUCAAUAUUGUAAGUUAAGAUGGGGAGAUAGAAAAAUAAGAAGAUUUUACAAAAUAAUUAGGUAAAAAUUAUAAAAAUAAUUUCAACGAUUAAUCAAUUAAAGGAAAUAAAAGUUAUGAAAACAUAGGUUAAAAACAUAAUCAACCAUAUUUGGAACCUUAAUUGAAUUUAUAAAAUAUGAAUGGUUAAUCCAAGAUAGAGAUUGUAGAUUCUAAUUUAAUAAGUGAAUCAAUUAAUCCAUAAUAUUCUUAAGCAUAAAGUUAUUCUAGAAAACAAUCUUAAAAUUUUCCUAUGGGUAGUGAUUCUAGUAAAAUGGAUUUAAAAGAGAAAUUAUAAAAAUAUUAUAGUAAUGAUGAUGAUUUUAGUUCAUAAAGAAGACCUAUGACUUAAAGUGAUAGGUUGAAAUAAAUAACAUAUGGUACUCAAACAGAAUUACCUUUUUUGGAUAAGGAUGUUAAAUAAAAGUAACAAACAAUUUAGAGUGCAAAAUGUUUAGAUAAAAAUCAAGAACAAAUGUAUUUAAAGUAAAACAAAUAAGAUAAAAAUAUAUAAUAAUAGAAAUCUGAAUAUAUUAAGUAAGAUGAAACAAUAAUAAAGAGUGAAUAGAGCAAUAAUUUAAUGAGUCCAAAGGUUGAUGAAGUAUAAAAAAACCCUAUUUUUCUAUCUCCUCCAUAAUCUUCUCGAACAUUACAAUCAGGUAAAUCAACAAAAACAAAAUUAAAAACUUUGUAAUCAAAUGAAUAAAAAAUAACAGAAAUUUAAUAAUAUUAAUAAUAAAAUUCCAUAUCUAAAGAGGAGUCUUAAAUUUCAUCAUUAGAUCAAUCUUUAUAAAAAUAAGAGAAAUUACAUUCUCAUUUAAAUGCUAUUAGACCUGCUACUACUCAUAUUGAAGCAAAUAUAUAAUAAGAUUAUCCAUAAUUUUAGACUCAUGAUAAUAUUGAUUAAUAAUCAUAAAAAUAUCAAUAGAUAUAAUUGAUGUAAUAAAUUAGUAUGACAUCAAUUAUGCAUGAUGAUGAACAUUAUUCAAAUUAAAGUCAAUAAAUAAAUAUAUAGGUAAAUUAAUGUGAACCUACAUAAAAUACCAAUAAUGUAAUUAUUGAAGAANGUAAGUUAAGAUGGGGAGAUAGAAAAAUAAGAAGAUUUUACAAAAUAAUUAGGUAAAAAUUAUAAAAAUAAUUUCAACGAUUAAUCAAUUAAAGGAAAUAAAAGUUAUGAAAACAUAGGUUAAAAACAUAAUCAACCAUAUUUGGAACCUUAAUUGAAUUUAUAAAAUAUGAAUGGUUAAUCCAAGAUAGAGAUUGUAGAUUCUAAUUUAAUAAGUGAAUCAAUUAAUCCAUAAUAUUCUUAAGCAUAAAGUUAUUCUAGAAAACAAUCUUAAAAUUUUCCUAUGGGUAGUGAUUCUAGUAAAAUGGAUUUAAAAGAGAAAUUAUAAAAAUAUUAUAGUAAUGAUGAUGAUUUUAGUUCAUAAAGAAGACCUAUGACUUAAAGUGAUAGGUUGAAAUAAAUAACAUAUGGUACUCAAACAGAAUUACCUUUUUUGGAUAAGGAUGUUAAAUAAAAGUAACAAACAAUUUAGAGUGCAAAAUGUUUAGAUAAAAAUCAAGAACAAAUGUAUUUAAAGUAAAACAAAUAAGAUAAAAAUAUAUAAUAAUAGAAAUCUGAAUAUAUUAAGUAAGAUGAAACAAUAAUAAAGAGUGAAUAGAGCAAUAAUUUAAUGAGUCCAAAGGUUGAUGAAGUAUAAAAAAACCCUAUUUUUCUAUCUCCUCCAUAAUCUUCUCGAACAUUACAAUCAGGUAAAUCAACAAAAACAAAAUUAAAAACUUUGUAAUCAAAUGAAUAAAAAAUAACAGAAAUUUAAUAAUAUUAAUAAUAAAAUUCCAUAUCUAAAGAGGAGUCUUAAAUUUCAUCAUUAGAUCAAUCUUUAUAAAAAUAAGAGAAAUUACAUUCUCAUUUAAAUGCUAUUAGACCUGCUACUACUCAUAUUGAAGCAAAUAUAUAAUAAGAUUAUCCAUAAUUUUAGACUCAUGAUAAUAUUGAUUAAUAAUCAUAAAAAUAUCAAUAGAUAUAAUUGAUGUAAUAAAUUAGUAUGACAUCAAUUAUGCAUGAUGAUGAACAUUAUUCAAAUUAAAGUCAAUAAAUAAAUAUAUAGGUAAAUUAAUGUGAACCUACAUAAAAUACCAAUAAUGUAAUUAUUGAAGAAUCAAUAGAAUGUUCUCCUAUAUAUAGAAUGCCUAAUCAAUAACAUAUUACACCAUCUUUCAACAAUCUAAAAUUGGAAGAUCAAAAAUAAUAAAGUGCAUCUUAAUUUCAUUCUUAACAAAGAUAAUAAAUAUCUCCAUCAGAUAGAAAUUAAGCAUCACAUUCUUAAAUACCUUUAUAAUCAAAUCAAUUUUCAACCAAUUAAACUUAAUCUAGGAUGUUGAUUCCAAUUAAUAAUACAUAAAAUAGUACUAAAAAUAAUAAAUCAUCAUCUAAAUAAAAGACUUUAGUAAGAGAGUAAUAAUAAUAGUAAUAAUAAAGAUCAGAUGAAAGCUAACCUGAAAGUAAAUUAACAAUAGAAUCUUCUUAAGGUGAGAAAUCAAAUAGAUCAAAGGCAGUCAAAAAUACAAAGUAACUCAAAUUACCUGUUGCAGCAGCUGCUUUAAAUUUUGCUAGACGUAAAUCUUCAAAUUAAAAUUCACCUCAUGAUGUAUGACUAAAUUUAAUUUAAAUUAGCCAAAAAAAAUUGAAUAACAAGAAAAAGAAAGAUAAAGAUAAAUGGAAUAUUAGAAAUAACUUGAAAAAAUGAAAUAUGAAAGGGAAUUAAUGGAGUAAUAUAAGAUUCCUGAUGAUAUGCCAUUAUCAUAAAAGCGUGCUAUUAUUGAAUAGUUAAUUAAUCAAUUAGAAUCAAUAGCAGAUCAAGAUGUGAAAUAUUAGAUUAUGUUAUGUAUUAUAUUAAAUAUUAUUUAUUAGACAAGUAACGUUAAGAACAAAUUUAAAAUGCAGCAAAAUAAGAAUUAAUAUUUAAUAAUAAUUUAGAUAAUUGUUAUGAUGAAUUGGGACACCUUUCAGAAUAAAAGUUGAAAUUAUUGGGAAAAGAUGAUUCAAAUAAGAUUUAGUUUUUAAAAUUUGAAGAUUAAGUUUAAACAUCUUUUCCAGGUUAAUAGAAGGCAUUUUCAUAAGAUAUCAAUUCUCCAAUAAAAAGGAAUUUGAAAUUUUUAAGUAAAUUAGAUCCAGUAGAAAUAGAAAAAUAAAUGAAUAGAAUUAAAGAAUUUAAAUAAGAAACAGAAAUGUUAAAAUUGUUCUAAUCUUUUAAUUCUUAAUAUGAUAAAGAAGUAAUAUAAAUAAAGUAAUUUGCAGGUUAAUCAAUGCGAUCUUGAUUUUCCAACAGAAAAAGAUCGAUAAUAUUCAAUUGAUCAUUAAAGAGGAAUAUUACCCAAAACAACGUAUAAGAGAAAAAAAACUAAGAAAUAAAGCACAAAAUUGAUGAUAAGUACUUACAGAGUAGAUCCUAAGAAAUUAGACAUGGUAUUAUAAACAACUGACAAAAUAAAAUCGGUUGGCUAAUAUUUAUUAUGA